AUGGCCCUUCUUCACCGCUGGGCCGACAGCCUUGCGGCCGAAGUCCAAGGUGGCGGCCCGCCCGGCGACCCGUCGCUGGGCCCGCCGCCCGGCCCGACGGUGUACCCGACGUCGGGGCUGCAGCAGUUUGGCUUCGCCAUCAUCCUCUUCUUCCCGCUGCUGGCCUUUCUGGUCGUCGGCCUGCGCGUCUACAGCCGCCUCAAGACGAAGCAGUUUGGCAUCGACGACGCGCUCAUCGUCGUGGCCAUGGUCUUUUCCGUCGCCGAGACGGCCACCAUGUACAUGUGCAUGAAGACCAACUUCAUCGGCAUCCACGUCUGGGACGUGCCGCCCGUGUACGACAUGGAGAAGGCCGCCGUCUGGAACUUUGCCGUGCAGGUGCUCUACAACCCCAUCCUGGCCCUCGUCAAGACGUCCAUGCUGCUGUUUCUGCUCAAGCUCGGCAGCCAGAAGCCCGGCGUGCGCUGGUGCAUCCAUGCCCUCAACGCCCUCAACCUCAUGCUCAUGGUCGCCAUCUUUGUCGUCGUCAUCUUCGAGUGCAUCCCCGUCGCCUACAGCUGGGACAAGACCAUCCCCGGCGGCCACUGCAUCAACCAGCCCAACUUCCUCAUCGCCACCUCCGCCCUCACCAUCUUCACCGACGUCCUGUGCCUGGCCCUGCCCUUUUGGGUCUUUCUCGGCCUCAAGAUGCACCUGCGCGUCAAGAUUGCCCUGCUGUUUGUCUUUGUCCUCGGUGGCAUCGUCACCAUCAUCGGCGUCGUGCGUCUCGUCUACUUUUACAAGGGCUUCUUCCUUCCUCCCGGCCCCGAUCCCUUCUACUCGCUGGCCUUUUGCACGUCGGCCAUUGAGAUCAACAUGGCCAUCAUCUGCGCCUCCGCCCCGGCCCUGCGCGGCCUGUUUCGCGCCUGGUUCCCGCGCUUCUUCUCCAGCCGGGACAAGAACUACAACUACUACGACGACCGCAACAGCGACGGCACGCCCCGGCGCGGCACGAACAACAACCCCUACGCCUACGGCGCCGGCGGCAGCGCCGCCACCAACAGCAGCGGCCGGCGCAAGGAGCAAGGCUCCGUGGACGAAGACAACUACAACCGCCGCUCAAAUCCUUUGGCCAAGGACGGCGGGGGUGCGUUUGCGCUGCGCGACCUCAAGGGCGGCUCCAAGACGCACACCACCCUCAACAGCUCGCCCACCGCCAGCGAAGAGGAAAUCAUGACCUACAACGGCAUCGUGCGCACGACGGACGUCCUCGUCCACUAUGACCACGAGAGCCAGCGCCAACGCAGCGCGCACGGCGAGCGGCGGCCGGACCUGGAGCGCGGUUUUGGAGGCCAGCGGCGUGUCAACCAAAUUCCGUAG